CCCUAUAUAAGCCGUCCGCCUGUUCCGCAGCAAACACUUUCUUCUCUGAGCUCCUUGUUGUGUGUGUCUUCUGUUGAGAUGUCUGGUCGCGGAAAAGGAGGCAAAGGCCUGGGGAAAGGAGGCGCCAAGAGGCACCGGAAAGUUCUUCGGGACAACAUCCAGGGCAUCACCAAGCCUGCGAUCCGCCGUCUGGCUCGUCGCGGAGGCGUGAAGCGCAUUUCGGGCCUGAUCUACGAGGAAACACGCGGCGUGCUGAAGGUCUUCCUGGAGAACGUGAUUCGCGAUGCCGUCACCUACACCGAGCACGCCAAGAGGAAGACGGUCACCGCCAUGGACGUGGUCUACGCCUUGAAGCGCCAGGGCCGCACUCUCUACGGCUUCGGCGGCUAAAGCUUUCGAAAAGUUAUUUUAACGACUAACAAACAAGAAAAAGAAAGGCCCUUUUAAGGGCCACUCAAAUUUUCUAUUAAAAAAGCUGUUGGUCACGAUUUAAAUUUCAAAAGAAAA